AUGAAGUGGCUUGGUGCUUAUUGUUCCCUAUGUUCGAUGUCCGAGGGUCUGCUUGGUCAAGGCGGUUUUGGCCGAGUCUUUAAGGGUUGGAUUGAAGAAAAUGGGACUGCUCCUGCCAGCCCUGGCACUGGGUUGAUUGUUGCUGUUAAGAUUUUCGAGCUAAGUGGGCAGCUGGCUUACGAACGAUGGCUGGCUGAAGUGAGUAUUCUUGGUCAUCUAGUGCAUCCAAAUUUGGUAAAGUUAAUUGGAUAUUGCGUGGAAGGGAACCAAAGGCUUCUUAUAUAUGAGUAUAUGCAACGAGGGAGCUUGAAAGAUCACCUCUUUGAAACGGAAUUGCCUCUCACUUGGCGUAACAAGACGAAAAUAGCGCUGCAAGCUGCAGAGAUU